UCGCCCGCGCGCACGUCGCGAUCUCUCGCGCCGCACGCAACACGCUCGACGAUAACGCGCCCUAUUUUGAACGCAACAACACUCUAGCUACAAUAACUGCUCAUUCACAACAGUGUGCGGUUGUAAAACUACGGGCCAUUAUUCAAUAACAAACGAAAUCGAAGGAUCGGCCCGAAACCGGCUCUGUGACCAUAUGAUCCGCAUUGUGUCCGUCUGAACUGCACGGUGAUCUCCGGCAUCGGCGCGCAGUCACGAUGUGGAUCGGCAAUUGAGAAGUGCAUUUGUCUCUUUGUCUAGACAUCCGUGUGAAGAUGACUCAAUGACAGAGGACUUUCUCGCGUGUGUUUGGUUCUGUGACAUGGUUAUGUUGGAGAUGUGAAUGUUGACGUUUCUGGUGGUGCAAAUUGGAUAGUGCGAUGGCUGGUGUUAGUGAGGAGGGUGGCGUGGAGGAGGUGUCCCCGGUGGCCGGUGGUCCCGGGGAGGGCCGCAAGCGCGGGCUGAGCGGGUCCAUGUCGCUGCGCACGCGCAAGCUGGGCCGGCGGCUGUCGCGCAGCAUGUCCAUCGUGGCGCUGAAGCUGCCGGAGAAGGCCCACAGCAUCACGAGGUCCUCGUCUAAGCUGAUGCGAUCCGCCAAUCGGGACAAGAAGAAUCGCUCGUUUGACCUCUCCAUCAUACUUCCGGAUAAAACUCAGAAACAGGUGGUCGUGGUAGGCAAUAGCACAGUAGCCGAAGUGGUGUGUGAGCCCCUCCAAGAGGCUGGAGCCGUAGUAGCGGGUCUGCCGACGGGACCCCUCUCCGCUCCCCAAGCCGUUUCACUAUCCGGCCCCCUGCCGCCUCCAGCCGCGCUGUCGGGACCCCCGGCCCCACCAGCCGCUCUACUCUUCUUAGGAGGCUCCAAAGCCCCCGUAGAACCCAGGGCUUCUGCGGCUCAUCUAGAAGGCGAGGUCCUCGUCGUGGAAUACCAGCCUCAGCAAUGGGACGGCAAGGACUUGGAGACGUUCAUCGCGUGGGAGAAGAUAUACGCUGCCACAUUAUUUUCGGCGGUGGAGUUGUACGGGAAGCCGCUGUUACGAGCUGCAGUCAUAACCAAAGAGGAAUAUCACUUACUAUUUUACUAUAUGGAGUCUGUUUCUGAAGCAAGCGAAGCUCUUACAGAGCGUAUGAGAAAAUACAUAGACUCGGGUUUACUCAUUAACGAAACUAGCACAAUCAAAGAAGCAGAUUCAGAAUCGAUUACAUCAAAAAAGUCUCUGAUUACUGAAGAACCAAAAAGCAUAUUGACCGAACUCAUUCAAGAAGGAGUAAUCUCUCAACAAGACAUAGAUGCUGCGUCAGAAAUCACAAACUCAGAGUUCAACGAACAAGUAACCGAUAACCGUAAAUCAGACGACGAUAAUGGUUCGAGUGUUUCCUCUCUAAGUGCAGGUCUACGUAAAGUGAUUGUCGACAUCCCAUUAGACUGCAGCGAGUCUGUGGCCGAUAGUUCCAUUAUAGAGAGUAACGAUAAUGUGACAACCGUAACAAUUAGGAGUGGCGGGCAGUGCUGCGCAGAUCACAGAAUAUCCGCCGACGUUACAGAUAACGUCUGGGCUAACGUGAGAUGGGAUUUCUUAAAUCCUAAUGACUUCGGAUACGAUCAAGUUCGAAGCGUCAAGCGAAGUCGCUCCGACUCUGCAAUCACGCCGGUAGCGAGACGCAAAAAUGAAGAUAUUUACGAAACCCUGCGCGACGUCGAGGGCGAAUCAUGCGGAAGUAUAACUCCUUAUGAAUCUAUUGAAGACUUGUAUGAUUGUAUCAAAAACUCUCAGUAUGCAAGUGCAGCGGCAGAAGAAUCCUCACCAUCGACGGAGAGUCAGUCUGAGCCGCAGUACCCUGACUUUUACGAAAAAACGAGCACUACCCGCCAGAGCUCGGCCAGCAGUGAAAAAAGUGGCGCCUCAUCCGCGUUUCCAUUUUCGAAAUGCGGUUCGAGCGAUUCGACGGGCGCGUUCACGUCGUGCGAGUCUACGGGCGCGUUCACGUCAUGCGAGUCGACUAGCGGGAUCAGCACUUUUGCUACGAAAAGCAUCCCGGAGUCGCUGAAGUGCCGAGAGCUGCCGCCCCCGCCGGAGGGCGACGCGAGUGAGAGCGUGAUCCUCAUGAAGCAGCUGUUCAUGGGCGAGCUGAUGGACGCUUACGGAGAGUUCCUGUCGGCGUACCCGUACGCGCGCGCGCUGCUGCGGCGCAAGGCGCGGCGGGACGAGCACUUCACCGCGCUCUCUGACAUCCGAAGAGGAGCUGCCAAGUACACCAUCUCUGACUACCUCGAGUUACCGAUCGAGCGGCUGGCGCAGUAUGAGCGACUGGUAGGCGGCGGGUGCGGGCGGAGACGCGCGGCGCGCCUGUCGGACCUGGAGCGCGUGCAGGACCUCUUCCCGCACGACUACCUCGCCCUGCAUGACGCUGACGCGCCGUCGGCACUCGCCUCGCACCAUGCACAGAAAUCAAAGAGCCUUCGCAAGCGGCCCAGCCUGGACAUCGGGGGGACUGUUGGCGCCAACAACAGCACCCUCUCGCCGCGGACCUUCAUCAUGGAGGCGCCCGUCCAGCUCGGUCCCUUGGGCACCACCUCCCCACCGCUAGAUCGUCAUUUGUUCCUGUUCAGCGACCUGCUCCUCGUCGGGAAGUCGCGGGGGACGAACUGCUUUAAGUUGAAAGAGAGCGUGAGACUGGCCGAAGUGUGGCUUUCACUGCCAGACGGCGACGACACUGGCUUCCUGAUCGGGUGGCCGACGACGACCGGAGUCGCCAACUACCUCGCCACGUACCCAACGCAAGCUGCCAGAGACACCUGGUACAGGAAAAUUCAAAACGCUUUAAACGCCCAGUUGGCGACGGAACCAAAGUCAACAAACAUCCAGAUCUUCUACAAAGAUUUGACAAGCUCGAUAGAAUUCUGCAAAACUGUAUCAGUGGGUCCAGAAAUGAGUGCUCGAUGCGUAGUGCGGCAAUCACUGCACGUUCUGCAAAACGGUGGCAGUGAAGGAGAUGCCGACGGCGAUGGCGAUGGGGAACACGAGGGAGAAGGAAGAUGGGGCAACGCAAACGAGUUCACAUUGUGCGUGAGGCCGACCAGAGACACGCCACCAACGCCUCUCCAUGGCAUUGAAAGACCCCAUGCUAUUCAAAUGUCAAGAAUAAGGCAGACGUUAUCAAAUGAAGACGGUUUUGAUUUGGAGCACGUGAACGCGAAAAAUAAUCCUUGCGGGCUGGUCUUCGAAUUGAGGAAGAAAAACCAGGCUUUAAAAAACGGCAGCACAACGCCCGGUCGCGGUCUUCGGCUCCUGCGCCGCGGCGGGCGCCUGUUCGGCGUUGCGCUCACGCGACUUUGCAGCGGUACGCCACCGCCGGCGCUGCUGCAAGCGCUGCGCCGCCUGCGGGUAGUCGCGCCGCUCACGCACGGCGUCUUCCGGCGCAGCGCUAACGCUAAAGCGCUGAGACUGCUGAGGGAUAAGCUGGACACGCUAGGCCCGUGGGCGGAGACGUGCCCGGAGCUGGAGCGGGCGCCGGUUCUGCUGCUGGCGGCGCUGGUGAAGGAGUUCUUCCGCGCGCUGCCGCAGCCGCUGCUCGCCGCCGAGCUCUACCCCGCCUGGCUGCAAGUGCUCACAUUAUCACAAGCAGAAAAGGUCCCAGCAGUGCGAUCUUUGCUGCUGAAACUGCCGAAAGCCCACUACACCAUGCUGACGUACUUCGUGUGCCUUCUACAAGCCAUCGCGAAGAAGUCCAACAUCAACCUCAUGUGUCCCAUGAACCUCGGUGUUUGCGUGGGACCCAGCCUUCUUUGGCCCAACACGCCCUGUGACAAAGCUCCCAAAGCAGUGCCAAUGGUUGUCGAACUACUCAUUGUAAAAGCUGAAGCUCUAUUCGGACCACAAAUCUCCGGUCUUCUUGGAAACGGCAGCCCUGAAUCUUCUAACGCUCUACUUGACUCCGGUGCAGAAGAAAGCGACAGCCUUCACUCCGUUGGAAUCUCUUUAGAUUCCAUGGAACUCUCCACGCCACGCAAAGAGAAGUUGUCGCUCAGUAGAGAUUCCGGGCUGACGUUAUCAGAGGACGACUCAAACAGCAACGGGGGAAAUAGCCCUGCACCCAGAAACAUUUUGCACAGCCUCUCAGCACCCACUUGCAAUAUACAGCAAGACGGAAAGUUGGUGUCGCGAUACACCGACAAUCACAACGUAAACGGUCUUCCCCAGAUAUCGCAAAGACAAAAUAUUUAUUCAAAUAAAGCAGAAAUGUAUAGCACAGUUAACGAAGAAUUAUACACGUCACCAUAUACGGGAGAACGAUACGUGCAUAAUUCCAUAAAUAUAGGAAUCUCAAAUGGCAUUGACGAAAGAAACUACGUCUCCAAAACCGCAUUACAGCGAUCCACAGCUGACAUAUAUGGACAGUGUCCAGCGAAAUACAUAACCGGUUUGGAACCACAAAAACCACCGAGAAGUAUUUCUAAGGCAGCUAGAACGUCGAAGGUGUACAGUAUGUUUGCAGAAACUCAAGAAGCUGAUAAAAAUGUGCCCAACAAAAAUUUUAACCGAGCGAAAAGUUCAGAUAACUUAUUAGAAUCAAAGCAAGAAUCAGUAGACAAUAAGCGUGACCUAGUUUCUAGUCAAGAAAAUAUCGUUUAUAGUAACAUACACGACUUAGCCAUGUUCACAGAGAAUAUUCAACGACAAAACCAAUAUCAAUCUCACGCUGAGGUGAUGAAAAACGCAAAUACGAAUUAUUCACGAGUCUACACGGGGUGGGAGAAAAAGAGCGCCAACUACAAUAGUAAAACCAGCAACUGUUCGUCGGAAAACAUUUAUGGGCAAAUGAGCAAGAAACAAGGUGAAUCCUCGCAGAACAAACCAGAUGGGAACGUGACACCGGCAGCCACCAUUUUUACAAGAAAUGACUGGUCUCGUCAAGCAGCGAGGACGAAGAGCUUGGAAGUGAACGAAGAUGUCCAAACGAACGCGGAGAGGACGCGCAACGGAAAUUACGAGGUGAAUGUGGUCAACUGCUGCCGCAAGAGACGGUUCGAUCCCGCGCACAUGUGCACCAAGAGCUGCGCCGGCCUCCAGGCGUCCAGCAAACCGCGGGAGCAAGAAAAACAUAUGAAUCCCCUUCAGAACUCGUACUCCUACGUGGACGAUAUGCGCAGUAACAAUUCUGAAGAUAAUAAGAAGUGUAGACUCCGAAACUACAACAACAACAAGUUGAACCAGUCGAAAUCGCUGGCGAACAUCAUCCUUCAUAGCGAUUCGAGUAGCAACGACACGUUGUAUCAACCGCAGAACUCGUUCAACAGCAGAUCGACGGAGUCGCCGGCCAGUGAGAACUCCUUCGAGAACUGCUACACGACCCAGUACAUCGAGCCGCUGUACACGUCUGUUUACAACCGCACAAGGGAUAUAUUCCACGAAGAUAAAUACAACAUGUUCUCGUCGGACAUUUACAAGGCGACCCCGACUGCCGUGCAACCGGAGUAUCACAACUCCGAGGAGCAGAACAACAAUAAGAAGCCGCCGCACAUGCCCCCGCCCGUGCCUCCGAGGAAGAUGGUGUACCAACGAGUUUUAAAGAAAUUCCAGCCGGUCCACGUGAACAAAGACGACAAGGCAUCGCGAUCCAAGUCCGUGCCGCGACUUUACCCGAACAACGGUGCUGACAAAACCACACAAAAUGGUAUAGCAUUAGACGGAACCGAUUCCGACACGGAAUCCGAGUCGUACGUCUGAAAGCACAAAAUAUUUUAUAUGUACUGCUUUAAACACUAUUAUAUUACAGGUAAACCUUUUAACGUAGGUAGCGCUACACAGACCGUUUCCCGACAAUCAUCACAUGAGCAUCUUAGGUAGCAAUCUCAGUAGGAAUAUUUAUAGUUUGAUUCAUUCAUCAUACACUUUAUUGUAUCCAAGUUAUUGGAAGCUUUGUGUGCAUUGACUUUUAUUCUUAUUUUAGAUAUGUCUUGUGAAUCCCGCCUGAAAGUUUAAAAUGUGUGACCAUAACCAGAGUUGUUUUGGUGAUGUAAUUCCAAAGAGGUAAGAGUAGUUUCAAACUUUAAUGAUAUUAUGUAGAUUGAUGUUUCAAUGAGAGUUUGAUUUAUAUCAUUGUAAGUGGUUUGUUUUUAUUAACGUCAGCCAAUCGUUAUUAAAUGUAAUUAAUAUUAACGUAUUUGAUACUAUGUGUAUUCGAAAGUAAAUAGACUUUUAUGUGUCAUUUAAUUGUUAUAAGAUUAAAAUAUUAUAUUGAAAUAAAAGGAAAUAUGCCUGUGUAUAUAAUGUAUUAUAAUGUACCUAAAUAUACUAAAAUAUAUUAAACAAUUUUUAAUGA